CUUGGAGCCGGAGUAAGGAGGUGACUUGCCUGCGCAGGGGAGGGAAGGCCAUGGCGGAGCGUGACCGCAUCGAUGACGUCCUUUCGGUGGUUGGGUAUGGCCGUUGGCAGAUACCCAUAUUAAUGGCUACCAUUGUAGCCAACACCAUUCCUCUUCACUACAUGGCCUCCUCGUUGCUGAGCGCACCCAUGUCCUUCCGCUGUUUUGCGCCGGGAAGCUCCAACUCCUCGAAUUCGUCCCUGAUCGGCGAACCAGACAGCCUGGACACCGCCUGGUUCAACGACAAGUGCCUGGACCCUCCCGACCCCGCCCACCUCGCAAUUCCCGCCCACUCCGCCCACUCCGCCCGCCCCGCCCUCAGCGCCGUCGGACCGCUCUCCCGCCGUGCCACCGGGCUUCCCUCCUGCCCUGAGAUUGAGUACGACUCCUCAGUCUACGCCCUGACUGUCAUUUCGGAGUUUGACUUGGUGUGCGACAGGGAGCACUUGCGGCCGUUCUUCCAGAUGGUCAUAACGAUCGGCGCCAUUGUGGGGUGCUUCGUCGGGGGAUCCAUUGGCGACAGCAUGGGUCGCAAGAAGGCCAUGCAGAUCGGGUGCCUUCUGGGUUUGCCUGCGUGCCUGGCUGUGGCGUUCGUCCCCUGGCUCCCCGCUGUGCUGGCGCUGAGGUUCGUCAUGGGCCUCUCGGUAAGGAUGAUCAUGCUCUCCACCAUCAAUCUUACCAUGGAAACCUGCCCACCACGUUACCGCACUCUCAUCGGGAUGUUCAUGGGGCUUCCUUACUCCGCCUGCGUCAUCCUGUUCGCGUUGGUGGGCUACUUCAUCAGCCACUGGCGCUACCUGCAGCUGAUCUGGACCUUGCCCUACCUGAUCAUGGCACCCAUAACUCUGUUCGUGAUGGAGUCGCCCCGUUGGCUUGUGCAGAGCGGGAGCGGCAAGGAGGCGGCCGCAGCGCUGGCUGAGGCUGCCCAGAAGAACCGCGUCCAACUCCCCCCCCACCUCGCCGCCUACCUCGAGAAGAUGAAGGAGGACACCUGCGGGUUUUCCGGCGGCGAGAAAGAGAACGUAUCGCUGAAGCAACUCUUAGCCACGUCCAUUACCAGUUCCGGCGAAUACCUGCGCUCGCCCGCUAUGCUGAUCAUCAUUUUUGUUGCACCUCUGAUGUACUUCCUUAUGUGUCUCCUCUACAAUGGAAUCAUCCUCAAUGUCAAUAAUUUUACGAGCACGAAUCCCUUCCAAUACAUAGCCAUGCUGAGCGUGUUCGAAAUCGUGUCGGUGCUGCUGGCCACGCCCGUGAACCAGAUGGUCGGGCGCCGCCACGUGAUCGGGUCGACGCUGCUCCUCGCCGGGUUGCUGUUCCUCGCCGUCAUGUUCGUGCCCGAUGAAAUCUGGUAUGCCAAAUGGGUUUUAGUCAUGAUCUCCUUCUUCCUGGCAGGCGCAGGGUAUCAGGUGACGUUCAUGUAUGUCCCUGAGCUGUUCCCUACGAUGGUAAGGACGAAGGGGUUCGCUAUGGUCACUCUGGCAGGGAGUCUCGGGCAGUGCGUGGCGCCCAUUGUGACCGACCUGCUGGCGCAACAGGCGUGGUGGGCGGUGGGCGUGUCUCUGGGGUGCUCGGGGAUGAUAGCCAGCAUCUUGGUGUCCGCCCUCCCAGAGACCAAGAACAUACCUCUCCCGGAGACCAUCCAGGACGUGGAGGACAGAAGGAACAACAAUGUUAAGAAGCGAACGGAGAAACGCAAAAAGGCGUUGACUGUGACCGAUUCCCAACACUCGCAUGUCUGAGGAUUGGUGGAAGGCGGAGGUGAAGGCACAGGAUGAGCUACAGGCUUGGUGGUUAAAAUGCAAGCCACUUUAUACAACACAGUCUUACGCAUUGCCUUACACUGAUAGGCAAAGACAGUUGGUGAAGAUAAGGUUAUGUCAGAUCAACCUUAUUACCUGGUUGCCGAGAAGCAGAGUCUGAAGAAAUAAAAAGUUCUAAAUAUCA